GAGCCGCGGGGCGAAGGCCGGGCCCCCACCUCCCACUCCCCGGGCUCCGGCUUCCUCGGGGUUCAUUCAUUCCUUUAGCGAGUAUUUGUUGAGCGCCUCCUACGCUCAGGUGCCGAGCUGGGCGCUGGAGAUGCAAACUGAGCAAGACAGAGGGCUGUGCAGAAGGAGGAAGCAGUCGCCGAAAAGGAAUGGACCAUCACAGGCUUUAAAACAAAGCAGACCCCAGGCACAGUGGUGCACACUGGAGAGGCUGAAGCAGGAGGAUCAUUUCAGCCCAGGAGUUCAAGGAGGAACAAUGCCAGCUCUGCCCCUGGAUCAACUGCAGGUCACCCACAAGGACCCGAAGACAGGAAAGCAGAGGACUUCACCAGCGCUGCAUCCUGAGCAGAAGGCCGACCGGUAUUUUGUGUUAUACAAACCGCCCCCUAAAGACAACAUUCCCACCCUAGUGGAGGAGUAUCUGGAACGUGCCACCUUCGUAGCCAAUGACCUCGACUGGCUCCUGGCCUUGCCUCAUGAUAAAUUCUGGUGCCAGGUAAUCUUUGAUGAGACCCUGCAGAAGUGCCUAGACUCCUACCUGCGCUAUGUGCCCCGUAAAUUUGAUGAGUGGGUAGCACCAACCCCUGAGGUUGCUGAGAUACAGAAGCACCUGCAUCGGAGUGUUUUCCUCACCUUCCUCCGCAUGUCUACACACAAGGAAUCCAAAGAUCACUUCAUUUCUCCUUCUGCAUUUGGAAACAUCCUCUACAGUAACUUCCUCUUUGACAUCCCGAAGAUCCUGGACCUCUGUGUGCUCUUUGGAAAAGGCAACUCACCACUACUCCAGAAGAUGAUAGGAAAUAUCUUUAUUCAGCAACCAAGUUACUAUAAUGACCUGGAUGAAACCAUGCCCACCAUCCUUCAGGUCUUCAGCAACAUCCUCCAGCAAUGUGGUUUGCAAGGGGACGGAGCCAGCAGCACACCCCAGAAGCUUGAGGAGAGGGGCCGGUUGACCCCCAGCGACAUGCCUCUCCUGGAGCUAAAGGACAUUAUUCUCUACCUUUGUGAUACCUGCACUACGCUCUGGGCCUUUCUGGAUAUCUUCCCUUUGGCUUGCCCAACCUUCCAGAAACAUGACUUCUGUUACAGGCUAGCUUCCUUCUAUGAAGCGGCAAUUCCGGAAAUGGAGUCUGCAGUUAAGAAGAGGAGGCUUGAAGACAGCAAGCUGUUGGCUGACCUGUGGCAGAGGUUCUGCCAUUCUAAGAAGAAGCUGAUGGAGGUUUUUCACAUCAUCCUGACCCAGAUCUGCCUCCUUCCCAUCCUAGAAAGCAGCUGUGACAGUGUUCAGGGCUUCAUCGAGGAAUUCCUUCAGAUCUUCAGCUCCUUGCUACAAGAGAAGAGGUUUCUUCGUGACUAUGAUGCACUCUUUCCUGUGGCUGAAGACAUCAGCUUGCUCCAACAGGCCUCGUCAGUCUUGGAUGAGACACGCACUGCCUACAUCCUCCAGGCGGUGGAAGGUGCGUGGGAAGGGGCGGACAGACGCAAAGCCGUGAAGACUAAAGACCCACCAGUGGCCCAGGACCCUGAUAGAGAUUAUAAUGGGGUCACGGUGACGGCAGAGCCAGCCAGUCAAAAGCCAUCACAACGGGAGAACUCAGAGCAAGAGGAGUGCACAGGAGCAGCCACCUCCCGGGGCCCCACCAUAGGCGGGGUUGAACUGGACUCGCUCAUAUCCCAGGUGAAGGACCUGCUGCCAGACCUUGGGGAGGGCUUCAUCCUGGCCUGCCUGGAGCACUACGUCUACGACCCGGAGCAGGUGAUCAACAACAUCCUGGAGGGGCGGCUGGCACCUGCCCUCAGCCAGCUGGACCGCAGCCUAGACAGACAGGCAAAGCCGGCCCCCACCCCCCUCCUGACGUCCCGUCACAACGUCUUCCAGAAUGAUGAAUUUGAUGUGUUCAGCAGGGAUUCAGUGGACCGAAGCCGGAUACACAAGGGCAGGAGGAAGGAGGGCAGCGCUCGGAACCUGCUGAAUGACAAGCGAGCAGUGGCGGCGCAGCGGCAGCGCUACGAGCGGUACAGCGUGGUGGUGGAGGAGGUGCCGCUGCAGCCAAGUGACCACCACGGUGACAACUACGAGGAUGAGUACGAUGACACCUACGAUGGCAGCCAGGUGGGCGCCAACGACGCGGACUCGGACGAUGACCUCAUCGGCCGCAGGCCCUUCACCAUCCCUCAGGUGCUGAGGACCGGAGUGUCCGGGGAAGGGGAGGAGGAGGAUGAAGAGGAGGAGGAGGAUGAAGAGGAGGAGGAGGCCGAAGACCAGAGCCCCAAGCCUGACCAUUUUGUGCAGGACCCUGCAGUACUGAGGGAGAGGGCAGAAGCCCGGCGCAUGGCCUUCGUGGCCAGGAAGGCGGGAUAUUGCCACGACAGCUCAGCAGCAGUGGCGGGCAGCCCCCGGGGCCAUGGACAGAGCCGGGAGACAGCACAGGGACGCCGGAAGAAGGAAGCCAGCAAAGCGACGAGAGCCAACCACAACCGGAGAACCAUGGCUGACCGCAAGAGAAGCAAAGGCAUGAUCCCUUCCUGAGGCCUCCUCUCCGUCCGGCCCUUUGGGGGCCCCCGACUUCAACGUGACCCCGCAGCAGCCGCAGCUGUGCAGCCCCUGAGAAGGCCACCUCGUUGUCCCCAGCCGUCCAGAAGCGCCUUCUUGUAGAACACGUAGUGCCUUAUCCCUCGGCAGAGGUGCCCAGGGGCUAGCGAGAACCUCUUCCGGCUGCGCUGGCAGGGACAGAGCCCCAAGGCGAGCCCCCCAGACCUUGUGCACGAGACUCCACUUCCCUGUGCCCUAGACGGCGGGAAGCCUGUACACUCAAAACUGCACAAGGCCUACAAAUAAAGUUUCUGCCCCUCCCCGGCA